UGCCGCGCCGGCGGCGGCGACCGCGGUGUACCCUCGGCAGUGUCGCGACAGCGGAUCAGCCCGGUGGAUCGGUCGCUCGUCUCGGCUGAUGAUACGUCGCCGUGGUCGCGGUGAUCGCACGAGCUGAACGCCGAGGCGCCGAGGUAUACGCGAACGGAAUCUGGACCGAACACCCGGACAGAACACACCCCCCCCCCCCCCAGGCACGCGCGCGGAACGAUGAGGCUCCAGGAAGCGGCGCUGCUCUGCGCCGUCUUGACCGUCGUCGCAGUACAUUGUCAAAAGAACAAAAAGGAUGAGGACAAGAAAGACGAGGAGUUCAGGUGUCCGGAAGGCCAGGGUAACGGUAAUUUCGCCGAUCCGGCAACCUGCAGGAGGUUUUAUCAGUGCGUCGAUGGAUAUCCCUACUUGAACCGAUGUCCGUCGGGCUUGCAUUUCGAUGACAUCAGCAAAUUCUGUACUUUCAAAAACGAGGCGCGAUGUGGACCUAUCGAAGCUACACCGGCGCCUAUUACCGAACCGCCGACAGAUUUGGCCGAGCGGUGCGACACGGCAAACUGUCAGCUUCCGUACUGCUUUUGUUCCAGAGACGGCACGAUCAUUCCUGGCGGUCUUCAUCCAGAAGAGACGCCGCAAAUGAUAAUAAUGACGUUCGAUGGCGCAAUCAAUCACAAUAAUUUCGAUCACUAUCAAAAGAUAUUCACCCAAGAUCGACUUAAUCCCAACAAUUGUCCAUUAAGAGGCACAUUCUUCAUCUCUCACGAAUACUGCAACUACAAUAUGGUCCAGAGUUUGGCGCAUGACGGUCAUGAGAUUGCGACCGAGACGAUUUCACUCCAAAAAGGCCUGGAGGAUAAAGGUUACGAGGAGUGGGUUGGCGAGAUGAUUGGAAUGCGUGAAAUAUUGAAGCACUUUAGCAAUAUUUCGACUGGCGAAGUGGUUGGUAUGCGAGCGCCUUAUUUAAAGCCUGGCCGCAACACUCAGUACAAAGUACUUGAGGACUUUGGAUAUAUAUACGAUAGCAGUAUAGGAAUCUCGCCGUUGAAGGUGCCGAUCUGGCCGUACACUCUUGAUUACAAGAUCCCACACGAAUGUAAAGCGGGCACCUGUCCCACCAAAUCAUUCCAAGGCAUUUGGGAGCUGCCUCUGAAUGCGCAUUAUGUGGAAAGUUAUGAAGGUGGACAUUGUCCUUACUUGGAUCAAUGCGUUCUUCACAAUCAUGACCCCGAGGAAGUGUUCGAGUGGUUGCAAGAGGACUUUAACAGAUAUUAUGAACAAAAUCGAGCGCCUUACAUGAUGCCUUUCCAUACCAAUUGGUUCCAAAUCAAGGAAUUGGAACGCGGUCUGUCGAAAUUUCUCGAUUGGGUGGUAACACUACCUGAUGUUUACUUUGUAACCGCCACACAAGCGUUAACAUGGAUGACUGAUCCGAAACCGAUUAAAGCUCUGCACAACUUCGAAGGAUGGUCAUGUAAGAAGAAAGAGAACCUGCCAGGACCGCCAUGCAACAAUCCGCACAAAUGCGCUUUAGAUUUCAAACCUCCCGAAGCAAAUUUCACAACAACUAGGUACAUGGAAACGUGUAGAGAGUGUCCAAAUAAAUAUCCCUGGUUAGGAGAUUCGAAAGGUACAGGGUUAUACAACGAUAAUUACAAUCCUGAAAAGAAAUAGAAAUGUCAUUACUGUGAGUUAGAUUUAAUUUUAGUGCAAACGGUUUGCGCGCGCGGGUUUCGUUAUUAUCGAAAUGUGUGUUGCGUGUAAGCGAUAUAAAUCCAUUAUCGGUCACACGCGUCAAGCAUUAAUUAAUCUAAUAUCGAAAUCUCAUAAAAUUUUAAUUUGUAUUUCGAAUGUACGAGUCAGUAUGAGUAAACUUAUACUUCUAUCUCUGUAUAGAACAUAUACUUGAUUACAUUCGUAUCUAUUAUGUUAAGUGUGUGUACUGCUCAAUCCGAAAGAGAAAAUAAAAUAUUUCGAUGCUACAUAAAAUC